AUGCCCAAUUCCAUCGAUGGUGGCCCGAAAGAUGUUCUCGAAUUCGUCUACCAUUUCAAACAACUCGCAAAUUUGAAGUACUGGAAUGCUAAAGACAAGUUUCUGAACGCCACUAUCUUACUAGAAAUAGACCUUCUUGAGGCGUUUGAGGACGCGGCGUUCAGCGACGAUGACGUGCACAUGGACGAGAAGCUCACCCGCGCCCAUUACAAGGCCUUAAUAGUACCCGUGGACUAUAGCGAGAAACUUCAAGAAGAACUAUGGGAGAUUCAUAAACCCCGUAGUGAGUCACUGGAAUACGGCAAGCGGUUUCGCGUGCUGGUGCGCAUGGAACACACGCUGGCGCAACUCUCAGAGAACUCGCCCAUGUGCGAAGAUGCACUCGGCCAACUCUACAAUCGUGGCUUACCCUAUGAGUGGCAAAACAAGUAUGCUGCAAGCGGACACGUCUACUCUACUGUCGCUGCCCAUGUUCCGUUCUUCGAACGAAUCGAGCAGGGCGAACAACGCCUUCAACGUAGCGGAGGUGGAAACCUCGGUCGUGGUUGCAGCAGCUACAAUUCUUCAGCUUCAACCAGUAAUAAGAGUGCCGCGCUCUGA